AUGAUAUCUACUAACGUCAGUCCGAUAAAUCGACUGGUAGAGUACAGUCUUCGUUUUAUUGGUCUCUGGCCAGAUUAUUCCUAUGUAAUAGCUCAUCGUUUCUUAUGGAUAAUAACGAUGUCUUUAACUCUUAUCUUUCAAUAUUGGUACGUCAUUGUAAAUUUGAAAUCCGACGAUUUGCCAGAUCUUAUGGAUUGCUUGAGUAUAACAAUGUCGAAUACCGUGUUUUUCAUUAAGUUAAUUAUACUCUGGAUGAAAAAUCGCGAUGAUAUUUUGAAAAUGAUGAUCAAUGAUUGGUUGGAUUCCAUUGAUAAAAAGGAAAAUCAUGAAACGAUGUCCAAUAGGGUGACACUGUCACAACGUUACUCGAGUUUCUUCGUUAGUUCUUAUUCAAUAGGAGUUACUUUUUUCUUAUCAUUCGCAUUGUUCACCCAAGAAAGACAGCUUAUAUUAAAAAUGGAAUUACCAUUCGAUACUACGAAAUCACCGAUCUACGAAUUGAUCAAUGUAAUUCAAUUCAUUCAAGAAUUUAUGGCUGCUUCGAUGUCAAGUAUGUUGAGUGCAUUACUUGUCACCUUGAUAUUACACGUUGAUGGUCAAGUCGAGAUAAUAUGUCGUCAAUUAUCAGAUAUAUCCUCGAUCAUUCGAAAAGGCGAAUACAAUAGUGAGAUAUUAAAAAUAUUGAUAUACAAACAUCAAAGGAUCAUUGCUUUUACGGAUAAUAUUGAAAAUAUAUUCACGUAUAUAGCACUGAUUCAAUUCUUAUCGAAUACACUUGUUAUUUGUUCCCUCGGAUUUAUGAUAGUUACGGUAAAUAAAUUUUCCUUUUCUUUUCAGUCGUUAGAUUCCGAUCAAAGAAACGUAAUCUUAGCAAAAACUGUACCUUAUUACGUUCUAGCAAAUCUCGAAGCGUUUGCACUUUGUUACGCCGGUGAAUAUCUAAGUUCUAAGAGCACAGAUAUCGAGAAAGCAGCUUAUCAUUUGAAUUGGUACGAAUUGGAUCCAAGUGAUAGUCGAUUUCUAUUGGUUUUAAUGAUCAGAUCACAAAAACGAUUUGUCAUAACUACUGGAAAAUUUAUGAAUUUAUCAUUGGAAGUAUUUGCAAGCAUGUUAAAGGCAUCUGGAUCAUACGUGUCGGUUCUUUAUGCGAUGUAUUAAAGAUUCAUUUUAAUUAUAAAUAAUAUCAUUCACGACUAUAUUUUAAUAUUGAGUU